AGUCCACGUUGCAUUGCUCCGUCUUACACCAUCUUACCGCGCCUGACUCAUAGGAGUGAAAAUAACCAAGAAGUAGUGAAAAACAGCUAAGAGAAGCCAGCGACAGCAGCGUAUGGUAAUGUUUAAGCGCCCGGCUUGAUGUCUUCAUGAUUCUGUGUCACUGUGUCACUGUAUGACAGCGGUAAUCCAACGUCUUGGAGCAGCAGUGAAACUUAAGAUCUUCAGCAGUUCUUUGUGGAGGUCCCGUUUUGCAUGUGACAGCCAUUUGGUCCAGUUUGUGAGACGAGGAGUGCCGAUUGCUACAGUUUGCUACAGUUUGCCUUUUUCACACUCAGCUACAGGCCCUAAUAUGAAGAAGCUGCUGGUGGACAUAGACACCGGGGUGGAUGACGCUCAGGCCGUCAUGAUAGCACUGUCCUCCCCCAAUGUGAAGGUCCUGGGCAUCACCUGUGUCCAUGGAAACACAUCAGUGGACAACGUGUGUAAGAACACCCUGCGUGUUCUCCAAGCCUGCGGAAAACUAGAUAUUCCAGUGUUCAGAGGUGCUGCCAAGCCCAUCCUUGGGAAAAGCAUCGAUGCUGGAAACUUCCACGGAAAGGACGGGCUGGGAGAUGUCCCUGACCUCAACGCUCCUGGUUUGGAUUUGAUCCAACAGGAGAGUGCUGUGUCCGCUAUAAGCAGGAUCGUCCGUGAGAACUCCGGAGAGGUUUCUAUAGUUGCCACAGCACCACUCACCAACCUGGCUCUGGCUGUGAGGAUGGAUCCAACUAUACCCAGCAAACUCAAAGCUCUCUACAUCAUGGGAGGCAACACAGAAUCACGAGGAAACACCACCGUGUGCGGUGAGUUCAAUUUUGCAGCUGACCCAGAAGCUGCAUACAUUGUACUGAACGAAUACCUGUGCCCCACCUACUUGGCCUGCUGGGAGUUUACCUGCUACAACAAGCUGGACUGGGACUUCUGUGACGCCUGGUUGGCUCAGGGCACCGACAAGGCUCGCUUCAUGGCCAGUAUCUUCAGCUACAGCAUGAAGGCAUCACGCAGCGGGGACUUCGACAAAGAGUUUGUUGCUGGCAGUGGCUUGGUUUCAUGCGAUUCAUAUGCCAUGGCAGCGGCUGUUGAUGAUAAAUUCAUUUUAGAAAGCGACAAUUAUGCGGUGAGCGUUGAGCUAACAGGCACACACACUAGAGGCAUGAUGAUAGUGGAUACCAUCGAUGCACUGAAGAAGAAUCACAAGGUCUUCAUCAUCAAGAAAGUGGACAUGGAAGUGUUUAGGCGGAUGAUGAUGGAUUCUUUGAAAUAAGGAUAAAGAAGGGAUACAAGUGACCAUACCACCAUUUACACCGUCCAGUGUUUAGACCUAAAAUGACCAAAACUCACACAUACUACAGAUGUAAUUUGCAGAAGUAGGCUCAAGUGAGAGGGCUGCAGCCAUCAAAAGCCUCCUUGAGAGGAAAAUGGAUAUGAGGAUGUUAGAGUAGAUGAUGGAUGCUUUGAAAAGUAUAAACGAGAAAAUCGGCAGAUACAAGUGAUAAGAGUCACCAUUUUAAUCAGAAAUUUACAUUUUCAGAAAUGUAACUGAAAAUGUAACUAAUUGGUACCUCAUUAAAAUUUUAAGUUUAAAUUUAAUAAUUGGUUUUAUGUGUAAUUGGUGUGUAAUUUUCUGAGGAUGUUGGCUCAAGAGAAAUAUUUUGCAUGCUGCUACCAAGUGGAAAUGACGUUUAGCACUUAACUGAACUGUAAAACGUAGUUCAGUCAGCUUUUAAAUUUCAAAUUUUAAUGAAACAAGCCUCAUCUUGACCAUUCUUUUAGUUUGAAAUUUAAAUUGUUACACAGACUAUCUUUCUAUGGUUCAAAUGUAAUUUUAAAAAAGGAAUACAGUACAGGAAAAUGUAACUGUAAUUGGUACCUCAAACAUUGUCUAUAGAGUUUUCCGAACUGUAUUAAAGUUAAUUUUUGACUUUGUUUUGUAUUCUGCACUUAUGUAAACACUUAGAAUCAAGCAAAUAGAAUCUCUUUUAGCAUUAAUCUUUUGCGUAGAGAUAGAAACCAAUCUCGAGGGGGUUUUCCCUUGUGGAAUACUUCGUAGUUGUACCAAAAAAAAAAAAAAAGUCAAGGACCACAGGUGGAAUUAAUGAUUUGUGGAUCCUAGUUAAGGGUAAGGCUCCCAGA